AACAGAGGAAGCAAGUCCUUCACAGAUAAGCAGGCACUGCAAUAGAGAGACACAUGCUGUUUCAUAAGGAUACGUCUGGUUUCCAGAAAUAACCAUGCUUUUGUGGCUUAAACUCUUAGCAUUUGGCGUUGCAAUUCUGAGACAGGAUGCUUUUGUCAAAGGAGAUGAAAAUCUGGCAACUGCCAGCACUCCCUCCUCUGUGUUCCCUCCACCUCCACGCUCCACAUCACUCUCACUUCCAGACACCACUGAAGCAGGAGAUGAAAACGUGUCCAACACCAGCUCUGCCUCCCUUAUGUCACCUCCACCUGCACGCUCCACAUCACUCUCACCUCCAGGCACCACUGAAGGGAACGGAGCUGAAUCACCAACAACUACACCUGGUGUGUCUCCUGCAGGCAGCUCAUACCUCUCCACGCAUGCAGGCUCCGUCCUUGCCACGGGACUCAGCAACCCACCACGCAGCAGCACUGCUGCCCUCACCACACGCACUCCCAUUGCCUUCAAGAACGCUUCAUCAGAUGAUUACAAUUCAACAUCCUUGCACAACACCACCUCACCAAUCAGCAUGCCAGCAAGCACUGGGAUCACCCCCACUCCCAGACUAGAAACUCCAGUAAUGACAACUGAAAAACCUUGUGUUAUUAACUAUACCAUAAGCAGCGCACAAGAUGACAACACGACUGAUGUUACCUUGAAUAUUCACAGUCAAAAGGUUGUAUAUGUUAUUUCGGAGGAUAAUAAGACAAGCGUGACAACUGGCCCCUCUACAAUAAGACUGAAGACAUGCAUGAGAUACACACUUAGAGCUGAAAAUUGCAUAGACAGUUCUCUUAUUAUUCCACCAAAAAGCAGCAAGACUCCUUUCGAAGUUAAGAACAAAGCCAACACAUCUGCAGAAGUAUGUUGGGAUCCCUCACUUGCCUGUGCUAAUGUAACUGUUAGAUGCAAAGGUUUACCAGUCUUUACAGAAUUAAAUACAACUUGUAAAAAGCUGGAGACCUUAUCACCCAACCAUCAGUACAGCUGCACUGGAAAUGUUCAUUUUUUUGAAGAAGAGGUUAAGGGGAUUGUCAACAAAAACUUCAUCAUAGACACAGAUUAUGGUGCUCCAGAAGCACCAGAAAACCUUACGGUAGAUUGUGAUGCCAGAAGUGUAUUGAUUAGCUGGAAGGAACCUAGCGACCUUUCAAAGGGUCCUGUAACUGGCUAUAAAGUGAAAUGCAAAGGCAAAGUGAUAGAAAUUUUCAACACAACUAACUACACUUGCCAUGAACUAGAACCUUAUACUAAAGAUUUUGUAUCUGUGACUCCUUUUACGAAGAGCAAAUACUACUAUGGCCAUAGUUUUAUGGGGAAAACUGCAAGAUGUAACUUUACAACAAAAGCAGCAGAACCACAGCAAGUGACUGAUGUUAAUGCAACAUUGACAGCUGACAAUGCUGUCCAAAUCAAGUGCAAAAAUCAACAAGUGUAUGGAGCAAAAACAGAAUUUGAAUUGACAUGGGAAAUUGAUGGAACAAAUGAUACCAAUAACAAAUCUUGUGAUUUUAAAAGAGAAAAUCUCUCCUACUUGACAAACUAUACAUUCACGAUUGUUGUGUUUAAUGGAGAAUACAGAGGGCAGCCAGUAAAAAGGAGUAUAAGAACCAGAUAUAAUUCUAAAGCCCUGAUUAUAUUCUUGGCAUUCUUGAUCGUUGUGACAUCAAUUGCUUUACUGUUGGUUCUGUACAAAAUCUAUGAUCUUCACAAAAAAAAGCUCGGCAGUUCUUCAGAAGGCGUCAACCUUGUUGCAGUUAAAGAUGAUGACAGGCAACUUCUGAACAUAGAGCCUAUACCUUCGGAGCUAUUGCUGGACACAUACAAGAGGAAGAUUGCUGAUGAAGGAAGACUUUUCUUGGAUGAAUUUCAGAGUAUUCCUAGAGUUUUCACUAAAUUUUCAAUAAAGGAGGCCAAAAAACCCCAUAAUCAGAACAAAAACCGUUACAUUGAUAUCCUUCCAUAUGAUCAUAACCGUGUUGAGCUCUCGGAGAUCCCAGGAGAUCCAGGAUCGGACUACAUCAAUGCAAGUUAUAUUGAUGGCUUCAAAGAACCAAGAAAAUACAUUGCUGCACAAGGCCCCAAGGAUGAAACCACAGAUGAUUUCUGGAGGAUGAUCUGGGAGCAGAAGGCAACAAUUAUUGUCAUGGUGACUCGCUGUGAGGAGGGAAAGAGGAAUAAAUGUGCCCAGUACUGGCCAUCAAUGGAGAAUGGCUCUGCAACAUAUGGGGACAUCAUUGUGAGGAUCAAUGAAAGUAAAACAUGUCCAGACUAUGUCAUUCAGAAACUACACAUCACAAAUGCAAGAGAAAGGAUACCUGGAAGAGAUAUCACUCAUAUUCAGUUCACCAGCUGGCCAGAUCAUGGAGUACCUGAGGAUCCACAUCUCCUGCUCAAACUCCGACGCAGAGUUAAUGCACUCAGCAACUUUUUUAGUGGCCCAAUAGUGGUUCAUUGCAGUGCCGGUGUUGGGCGCACCGGGACAUACAUAGGAAUUGAUGCCAUGCUGGAGGGGCUGGAUGCAGAAGGCAGAGUGGAUGUUUAUGGCUACGUUGUGAAGCUGCGCCGGCAGAGGUGCCUCAUGGUUCAAGUAGAGUCACAGUACAUCCUUAUCCAUCAAUCGCUGGUGGAAUACAACCAGUAUGGAGAAACAGAGGUCAGUCUCUCAGAGCUGCAUUCCUACCUUAACAAUCUGAAAAGAAAAGACCCUCCGAGUGAUCCUUCUCUGCUGGAAGCAGAGUUUCAGAGAUUACCUUCCUAUAAGGGGUGGCGGACACAGAACACUGGGAAUCGUGAGGAAAAUAAAAGCAAAAAUAGGAAUGCUAACAUAAUUCCAUAUGACUUUAACCGAGUGCCAGUCAAGAGUGAAGAGGAAUACAGGAACGAGGGUGAACAUGAUUCAGAUGAUUCCUCGGAUGAGGACAGCGACUGUGAGGACUCAAGCAAAUACAUCAAUGCUUCCUUCAUAACUGGUUACUGGGGUCCAAAAGCCAUGAUUGCAACACAGGGACCACUGCAGGAAACUAUCUCUGACUUCUGGCAAAUGGUCUUCCAAAGAAAAGUCAAAGUCAUUGUUAUGCUGACAGAGCUGAAAGAAGGAGAUCAGGAAUACUGUGCACAGUACUGGGGAGAAGGAACGCAAACGUAUGAUGGCAUAGAAGUUCAAAUGACAGAUACUAACUGCUGUCCUAGCUAUACCAUCCGUGCAUUUGAUGUUACACAUCUGAAGACAAAAGAAACACAGAAGGUGUAUCAGUAUCAGUAUCAGAAGUGGAGUGCCUUGGAUGUUCCAGAAAACCCCAGAGAUUUAGUCAACAUGAUUCUCAAUCUUAAGCAAAAACUCCCAGCCAGAUCAGUCACUGAUGACAACAGGAGUACCCGCACUGUCCCGCUCCUCGUCCACUGCCGUGAUGGAUCACAGCAGACUGGUGUCUUUUGUGCUUUAAUGACUCUCUUGGAAAGUGCAGAAAUAGAAGAAGUAAUAGAUGUUUUCCAAGUAGUAAAAGCUCUUCGUCGCACCAGGCUGGGAAUGGUCUCCUCCUUUGAACAUUACCAAUUUCUGUAUGACACCAUUGCCAGUACCUACCCUGCACAGAAUGGACAGAUAAAGAAGAACAGCCAGCAAGAAGAUAAAGUUGAAUUUUGCAGUGAAGUAGGAAAAACAGAUCAGGAAACUGAUUUGAUAACUAUUGAUCUUAACCCACGAACGCCAGAGGAAAACAAAGUUUCUGAAGAACAGGAUGAUGCUAAGGCUGCAGAUAGCACUAAGGGAACAGAAAGCUCUACAAAUGGCCCCACAACUCCAGUUCUAACAUAGAGGCUAUACUGAAAAAAGUGCUUUUUCUUGGGCAACAAAUCUUAAACAAAAUACAAGGUAUAAGAUUUCUUCUUCUUCCCAUCUGUUUUUUAUUUUAAAGUUUACUGUUACAUUAGUUUUUCAAAGGUACAAAUUUAAAAGAAUACUUGAAACUUGUAGAGAGUGACAAAGAACUGUGAAAGUUUAUUUUUUAUGUAGAUUUGCAUUUACUGCUUCUUCAGAAACCUUUUCACUAUUUUUAUACUUAAAAAAAGUGUACAGUGUAAUACCAUGCCGAGCAGCUGGAAGGAAAUUUGUUGACUUAUGUAAGAAGGAGAAAAGGAACUCAGAACAGCAAGAUUGGAGUGCUAAAAACCCAGGACUGUCUUCAAAACUAUUAGCAAGUAAAUCCACCUAAUUGGUAGGCAUAUAUUCUAGCAUUUCGGGAAUGCUGGCCAAGCCCUGCUUUGAUAAUACUCUGUGGAACUUGGGGGACUUUGCCAAACAGUUUUAGGAGCUUAUCAUGUAGCAAACCCAAGGAAUUCAGACUUACGGAGAACCUGCAAGUCCUCCUGUAUCGACGUUGAAUGGAAAUUCUUGCACUUUUCUAAAUGGCCUCAAGGUGUCCUUGUUGCUCUACGUAUGUUCAUCUGAGAUUUCGAUACGACUCAAAGAUUGGAGAUCGGCAUUUGAAUGAUCGCAAUGAUACUGAUAAAAACCACAUGCUGUUUACUCUUAGAGCUUAAAAUACUGCGUGCUUGCACAUGCCUUUCUUAUGCUUUCUGUUAUUUAAAGGGACUACUUCCAUGAAUGCAUCUGAUCUGUUGUCUGAAUUGGAAAAUAGUUGUUUUUCCUCCAAACCUGAUGGAUUUUAAUUGGUACAGGAUUUUUCUUUUGUUUUUCUUUCUUUGUGAGUUUUUGUAUGUUACAGUUGUGAUAUUUUACUAUUUCUUGCUGGAUUUUGC